AUGGAUCAUUUGAUCAAGAAACUUGGUAGUUUGUUUUCCAUGAAGGAUUUAGGAAACCUGAGUUAUUUCUUGGGUAUUGAGGUAAAAUAUGAAGGUGAUUCCAUGCAUUUAUGCCAAUCUAAAUAUGCCCUGGACCUCCUCUCUGGCGCUAAAUUCAUAGAAGCAAAACCUAUCUCUACUCCGGUGCCGUCUGGUCAGAAGUUAAGUGUUUAUGUUGCUGAUCCUUGUGUUGAUCCUGUGCUAUAUCGUAGUGUUGUGAAGGCACUCCAAUACCUCACGAUCACUCGACCUGAUUUGUCAUAUGUUGUGAAUCAAGUGUGCCAGUUUAUGCACUCUCCAAAGAACACGCACUGGAUGGCAGUCAAGCGGAUCCUUCGAUACUUGAAGGCUACUUAUGAUCAUGGGUUAUUGUAUAAACUAGGCAAUGCUAGGUUGACAGCUUUUUCAGAUGCUGAUUAUGCUGGCAACCCAGACACUCGUCACUCCACAGGUGGUUUCUAUGUUUACUUGGAUUCUAACCUUGUAUCCUGGAGUUCAAAGAAGCAGAAGACGGACCAACUUGCUAAUAUUUUCACUAAAGGACUCUCGUCGUCUCGUUUUAAGUUUCUUGUCUCCAAGCUUCCAGUGGUUCCUCCCCCUGUUAGCUUGCAGGGGGGGCUAUUAGACGAGGUCCACAUGCAGUUUCAUCUACCGUGCUUUGAGGAGUCCAUCGUUAUCUGA